GUUGGAAAUUACUUCGGAAUUUGAAGCCACACACUUGUUGAAUCUCUUCUAUAGUGCGUACGAAAGCCUGUAUUGGGUAUAAAAUUAUUUUGAUUGAAAUUUAUUUUUUUUUAGAAUAAUAUUUUUUUUUAGAAGAAAUAUCAUGUCUAGUGGAAAUUUAGCAUUAUUAAGUGUCUCUGAUAAAACAAAUCUUUUACCAUUUGCUAAGAAGUUGCAUGAACUAGGUUUGAUAUUAGUUGCUUCUGGUGGAACAGCAAAAUCUUUGAGAAAUGCUGAUCUUCCAGUAAAAGAUAUUUCUAAUAUUACUGGUGCUCCUGAAAUGCUUAAUGGAAGAGUUAAAACUCUUCAUCCUGCUGUUCAUGCCGGUAUAUUAGCUAGAUUCACAGAGUCAGAUCAGCAAGAACUUCAUAAACAAAAUUAUGAAUUUAUUCAACUUGUGGUAUGUAAUUUAUAUCCAUUUGUAAAUACAGUUACAAAACUAGAAGUAAAAAUUGAAGAUGCAAUAGAAAACAUAGAUAUUGGUGGAGUAACUUUAUUACGAGCUGCUGCUAAAAAUCAUAAUAGAGUAACAGUUAUUUGUGAUCCUAAUGAUUAUGAAAAAGUUGGAAAAGAAAUGCAAUCUUCUAUUAAUAAAGAUACUUCUUUAGAAACUAGACAAUUAUUAGCACUUAAAGCAUUUACCCAUACAGCAGAAUAUGAUAAUGCAAUCUCAGAUUAUUUCCGUAAACAAUAUAGUAAUGAAGUUUCUCAAUUGACAUUGAGAUAUGGAAUGAAUCCACAUCAAAAACCUGCACAAAUUUUUACAACUUUAGAUAAAUUACCAUUAACAAUAGUAAAUGGUUCCCCAGGUUUUAUUAAUCUUUGUGAUGCAUUAAAUGGUUAUCAAUUAGUAAAAGAAUUGAAAGUAGCUCUAAAUUUACCAGCUGCAACAUCUUUUAAGCAUGUUAGUCCAGCUGGAGCAGCAGUUGCUGUACCAUUAAACAUAGUACAAGCAAAAUUAUGUCAAGUAGAUGACUUAUUAGACCAGCUUACACCACUAGCAACUGCUUAUGCGCGUGCACGAGGAGCCGAUAGAAUGUCUAGUUUUGGAGAUUUUAUAGCAUUAUCAGAUACAUGUGAUGAAGUUACUGCUAAAAUUAUAUCUAGAGAGGUUUCUGAUGGCAUUAUUGCACCUGAUUAUUCAGAAAAUGCGCUCAAAAUUUUAAAAAAGAAAAAAAAUGGUGCAUAUUGUAUACUUCAAAUUGAUCCAAAUUAUAUGCCACCUCAAAUGGAACAUAGAGUUUUAUUUGGAUUAACUAUGGAACAAAAACGUAAUGAUGCAAUUAUUGAUAGAAAUAUAUUUUCUAAUAUAGUAACCAAAAAAUACACAACCAUUUCUGAUUCUGCUAUGAGAGAUUUAAUUGUAGCUACUAUUACUUUAAAAUAUACACAAAGUAAUUCAGUAUGCUAUGCAAAAGAUGGGCAAGUAAUUGGAAUUGGUGCAGGGCAGCAAUCAAGGAUUCAUUGUACAAGACUUGCUGGUGAUAAAGCUGAUAAUUGGUGGCUUCGACAGCAUCCUAAAGUUAUUAAUAUGAAAUUUAAGAAAAAUGUAAAAAGAGCAGAAAUUUCAAAUGCUAUUGACAAUUAUGUAAACGGAUUUAUUGGAAAAGAUAUGGAUGAAGCUUCUUGGACAGCAAUGUAUGAGGAAGUGCCACAGAAACUCUUAGAAAGUGAAAGAAUAGAAUGGAUAAAAAAAGCAGACAAUAUUGUUCUGAGUAGUGAUGCUUUUUUUCCAUUUAGAGAUAAUGUGGAUAGAGCUAAAUUAAGUGGUGUUAAAUAUAUUGCAAGUCCUUCUGGUUCUGUAAAUGAUGAAGCAAUAAUACAAGCUUGUGAUGAACAUAAAAUAGUAUUAAUUCAUACUAAUCUGAGAUUGUUUCAUCACUAAAUGAUUAUAUUAAAUUAUAAUUUAAUAUAAUAGCAAUUAUUUUAUUAUAUUAAAACAUUAUUCAUUAUAAAAACUAUUCUACCUAUAAUAAAUAAAAAAUAAAUUAAUAACAAA